AUGGUUGCCUCUGAAUGCCAGCUACUGGCGAACCCAAACCACUUCUGUGCUGAUGACCUCAUGACAGCUCCAUGCCCCGCAGGAAGCUUUGAGCCCAAGGAACGUUUCCCGAGGCCCAGCGAUGGCUCUUCUUCGUACUUUUCAGGAGUCAAACAGUGCCUGAAGUGCCCUGCGGGAUAUUUCUGCCCAAAUGGAGCAAAUUUUCCAAGCCCAUGCCCUUCGGGGACCCACAAUCCGCUCCAGGGGCAAGAUGAAUCUGCAGACUGCAGGCCUUGCCCUGCAGGGAGAGCGUGCACCCAAGUUGGCUUGGCUGAGCCAGACUCUGAGUGCAUGGCUGGAUACAUCUGCCCGGUUGGUUCCUCUAGCCCUCAUGCUCCCAGCAACGCUUGUCCACCAGGAACAUUCAGCAACCGCUCUGACCUCUUUGAUAAAUCCCAGUGUGAAACCUGUCCAGAGCGAUUUGUCUGCACGAGAGGCUCAGGAGGGAAGCAGAAGCUGCCUGUCCCCUGCCCAGCUGGUCACUAUUGUCCACCAGGAACCAAGCACCCAACACAGUACAAAUGUGCCCCUGGCACAUGGAGCAACAAGACUGGGUUAGCUGCCGAAGAGGAGUGUGCUCCAUGCCCAGCAGGAUGGUUCUGCAUGGCAGGGGCUCAUGGACCUUCUGGAAGCUGCAGUGCUGGUCAUUUCUGCCCAGAAGGUACUCAGACAAGCACUCAGUUCCCUUGCCCAGAAGGGACCUUCAGCACCAGGCUUGGGAAUGGAAAGAUGGAUGACUGUGUCGCUUGUCCCAGAGGAGCUUACUGCCCAGAAGGAACUGCCAAACCAGUGCUCUGCCCACCGGGGACUUACCAUUCAGAACAAGGAGCAAAAUCAACUAGUGACUGCAUACCCUGCCCUGGAGGGUAUCACUGCCCUGAAUUGGGCACCAUAACUCCGUAUGCAUGUGGAGCUGGCCAAUUUUCAGACCCUGGAUCCACCUCUUGCUCACCCUGCCUCAUUGGGCAUUACUGUGCACACAUCAACACCAGCAGGGAGGUUAUGCUCCUUAUGAUGGUCUGCCCAGCAGGUCUGCUUUGCCCUGAAGGAUUGACAGCUGCUCCAAAUGCUAGCGGCCAUGCCUGCCCAAGAGGUUACUAUUGCCCACAGGGUGAUGUUCAUCCACCUGCCAGGCCGUGCCCUAAUGGGACUUACAGUGGCCAGAGGGGACUGGGCAGAGCUGACCAGUGCUUGCUGUGCCCUAAGGGCAAGUACUGCUACAGGGGAGGGCGAGAACCCCAAGGAAUAUCCCAGCCCACCGGGACUUGUCCCCCUGGAUACGCCUGUCCUCUAGGAACUGGGUUCCCCUUCUCUUUCCCAUGCCUGCCAGGCUCCUACUGGGAUAAUUCCACUGUGGGGGGAGGAGAUGUAUGCAAACCGUGCCCAGCUGGAUUCUACUGUGACUCUGUUGCUGUGACCCAACCCAAAGUGUGCCCAUUGGGGUCUUUCUGCAUCGGUGGCCGAUCCCAGCCUGAGCCUUGUCCAGCAGGCACCUAUGGCAACAGGAAGGGGUUGGCAGGCCUGCAAGACUGCAGCCCAUGUAGAGCAGGUUUUUAUUGCGGUGCUCCUGGACAGACAACCCCAAGCGGUCGGUGUGAGGCUGGUUUCUACUGCUGGAGUAGGGCGGUGUCACCACAGCCCACAGAUGGAGUCACAGGGAAUAUCUGCCCACCUGGGGCCUACUGCCUGCCUGGAUCAUCCACCACCACUCUUUGCCCUCCAGGAACCUACAGCAACACAAGUGGGCUGAAGCACUUGAAUCAGUGUUUGGAUUGUCCACCUGGGCUUUACUGUGAUGGGACAAACCCUCAAGCUCCAACGGGGCCUUGCAAACCCGGCUACUUCUGCCCUGGUGCUGCUAAAACAGCCACUCAGAUGAUGGCAAAGGAAGGUCACUACACCCUAGAAGGGGCUAUUCAGCCAGAGCCCUGCCCUCCUGGGAGUUUUCAGCCGAGUCUAGCCCAGUCUUCUUGCAGGGAAUGUCCUGCAGGGAUGUUUUGCAAUCACACUGGCCUGGUGGAGCCCUUGACUUGUCCCAAAGGAUAUUACUGCCCAGCUCGGAGUACACUGCCUGUUCCUUGCCCGACGGGUACCUACUCAAACAUCUUGGGUGGCACCAGAAUGGGCACCUGCAAGCCAUGUCCAGCAGGCAUGUACUGCAGCAAAUCUGGCUUGGCAGUGCCUGAAGGACCCUGCCAGCCAGGAUAUUACUGUCUCCAAGGAUCCAGUAGUGCCUCCCCGGCUGGCCUCCCCUUUGGUGGCCCUUGUCCUGCAGGGCAUUACUGUCCAGCUGGCACAAAGCAAUUCAGGGAAAUGCCCUGCCCAGUGGGGACAUGGAAUGAGCAGAAAGGAGGCCGGGAUGCCAGCUGGUGCCUGCCUUGCCCGCCGGGGUUUUUCUGCAGCAGUCCAGGCCGUGUUUCCCCAACAGGUCCAUGUGCUCCAGGCUUCUAUUGCAGGGGUGGGACUCGAACGUCCAGGCCAGCAGACAGGGCAACUGGAGACCUGUGCCCCGAAAACCACUUCUGCCCUGCAGGCUCCUCAAUGCCAUCUCCAUGCCGAGAUGGGGAAUACAGCCCAAUAACAGGUCUGGAGGAGUGCUUCCCAUGCCCAGCUGGCCUUUACUGUAAAAAUGGUGUAAGGUUCCUCUGUCCACCUGGGUUCUACUGCCCACCGAAGACUGGAGCUUCUCCUCAUCCAUGCCCUCCUGGGACUUACAACCCAUCUCCUGGUAGUGACCGAGCAGAGAGGUGCCAGCUGUGUCCUGCAGGGAUGUUUUGCGGUGAAUGGGGAUUGCCUGCUCCCACUGGCCCCUGCCUGCCAGGCUUCUUCUGCAGUUCAGGCUCCAGUGGCCCAAACCCAGAUGGAACUUCUCCCAUGAGUGCUGGAGGCCCUUGCCCAGCUGGACACUUUUGCCCAGCUGGAACCAAGUACCCUCUGGCAUGCCCUGCAGGCACCUUCUCAGACAGGCUGUACCUCUCCCUUGAGUCCAGCUGCACAGUAUGUCCACCUGGCCGCUACUGCCUCUCUGCUGGACUCACAGUCCCUUCUGGGCUGUGCUCUGCUGGCUACUACUGCCUUCCUGGGGCCAUCUCUCCUUCCCCCACUGGAACCAGGUUUGCGACAGAGUUUCCCUGCCCUCGAGGAUAUUACAACCCAGAUCCCAUGACCCAAAGUUUGGAUAGCUGCUUGCCUUGUCUCCCGGGGCAUUACUGCGGCAAGGAAAACUUAACCACAGUGUCUGGGACGUGUGAUGCAGGUUGGUUCUGCAUUUCAGCUGCCUGGACCCCCCAGCCCUUUGACCUGGAUAACUACACCAAUGGCAACUGCCUUUGCCCAGCCACUGCGACAGGAGCAAAGUGUUCCCCUGGGUCCUACUGCCCAGAAGGGAGUCCUGAGCCCAUUCUCUGCCCUCCAGGCUUUUAUUGCAAUGCACCCGGUCUGUCUGCUCCAAGUGGGGAAUGUGCUGCUGGAUUUUAUUGUACAGGUGGAGCCUCUUCUCCCAAGCCACUGGAUGAAAUUACAGGCAACAUCUGCCCUCAAGGAACCUACUGCCCUGUGGGGUCUUCAGCACCCACCCUCUGCCCGACUGGCACCUUCUCCAAUCAGCUAGGGCAAAGUAUGCUUUCAGAGUGCCAGCUCUGUCCCUCUGGGUUUUACUGUGAAGGAUCCGGACUGAAGGCCCCCACCGGAGAAUGCUGGGAAGGCUAUUACUGUGACAAUCAGCAGGGGCCUCUCAGUGACUUCACUGUCUACCCUUGUCCACAUGGCUAUUACUGCCCACCAGGCACACGGCAAUCUACACAGUACGGCUGCCCCACAGGGACGUUUGGACCCAGACAGAGGCUAAAGAAUAUCCAGGAAUGUGAAAACUGCCCACCAGGGAAAUUUUGCUCAUCUCCUGGGCUAGCAACUCCAACAGAAAAAUAA